AUGCCUAGCGCUACAGCAUCCGGGGCGAAGCCGGGCGGCGACUCGUCGGCUCGUUCCCGCGAUCACAAUCAAGGAAACCAGGGGCGAGCGUACACAGAGGAUCAAAAGGCGGCCGUCAUACGUAUUCGGAAAUGCAAGGGCACCGCAUUUUACGACAUCCUGGCACUGGAAAGCGUCAAGACGACCUGCACGGAAGCGGACAUCAAGAAGGCCUAUCGAAAACAGUCCCUUUUGACCCAUCCGGAUAAAAAUGGCCACGAGCACGCCGACGAGGCCUUCAAGAUGGUCAGCCGAGCGUUUGGCAUCCUGGGCGACAAGGAGAAACGAGAAAAGUAUGACAGGUUCGGCACCGACCCGGACAGCAGAUUUGCCGCGGCACAGGCGCAGAAUCCGUUUGCGGGAUUUGCCUCGCGGCAGGCGUCGGGGGGCAUGGGCCGCGGCGGCGCGGGCAUGUGGGAGGAAGAGCUCAGCCCAGAGGAGAUGUUUGCGAGGUUCUUUGGCGGCGGCGGCGGAUUCGGCGGCGGCGGCCCGUUCGGAGGUGAGAUACCGACAUUGACCCCAUGGUGCUUCGAGCCCGGAACAGCGUGUACUGACGGAGCAGCGUUCGACACAGGACCCCAGUUUGUCUUCAACCUCGGCGGCGGCCCUGGCAUCCGGGUCCACCAGUUUGGCGGCGCGAGACCGAGGCGACGACCGCGGGAGGCGCAAGAGGCCGAGCAACAACAGGGCGGGCUGCAGAACCUGAUGACUCUGCUGCCGAUAUUGAUCUUCUUCAUCUUGCCCAUGCUCUCGUCCCUGUUUACGGGCGGGUCCUCGGGCUCCUCGGUUCCCAUGCGAUACGACGAUCCCCAGCCGCCGUACACGGAGAGACGCUACACGCCCAACCACAAGGUCAAGUAUUUUGUCAACCCCAAGGACGUCCAGUCGUUUAGCAAGUCCAAGCUCGCGCAGCUGGAUCAUACGGCCGAGGCCAAUUUCAUCCGCUUCCUGGACAAUAAGUGCGAGCACGAAAAUAUUGCCCAGCGCCGCCUGCGGGAGGAUGCCAUGGGCUGGUUCUACGAGGACGUGGAGAAGAUGGAACAGGCGAACCGGUAUCCCAAGCCAAACUGUGACCGGUUGAGAUCGUUGGGGUACAGACGGACAUGA